UGUUGGGGGCGCUCUUGGUGGAAAAAUAUCAUAUUUGGUGUGAUUUAAUUAAUUAUGUCAAAUGGGAGUUCGCGCUAUUGCCACUUAUAACAAUUCGCAUUCUCCCUAAUAAUGGUCUUGGCAAUUCCGACCUAACCUCAUUUGUAAUUAGUGCUCAUUUUGUCAUUUCUAUUUUGGUGUAAAAUGGACGAAAAAUCAUUUUCGGGUGUUGAACUGAGCCCCUGGCUGGUCCGGCAGUGUGCCACUAUAGGUGUGCGGAGCCCUACCGCCAUCCAGGCGCACUGCAUCCCCCAAAUCCUCGCCGGACGCGACUGCAUCGGGGCUGCCAAAACCGGCAGUGGCAAAACCCUAGCAUUCGCCUUGCCCAUCCUCCAGAAACUCUCUGAAGACCCUUACGGAAUCUUCGCUCUUGUUUUGACCCCCACGCGGGAACUGGCGUUUCAAAUCGCCGACCAGUUUGCGGUAAUUGGUAAAGUGGUGAAUUUGCGUCAUUGUGUCGUAGUUGGGGGCAUGGAUAUGGUGGCGCAGGGCAAGGAGUUGGCCCGGAAGCCCCACAUUGUGGUGGCUACGCCCGGCCGUCUAGCCGACCAUUUGGAAAGUUGCAACACGUUUAAUUUCACUAAACUGAGAUUUUUGGUGCUUGAUGAGGCUGAUAGACUAUUAGGGGGGUCUUUUGAUGAACAAAUUAAGACAAUUUUUCAAAAUUUGCCCAAAAAACGUCAAAAUUUAUUUUUUUCGGCCACGAUUACCGAUACUUUGGAGAAACUCAAGUGUGUAACUGGGAGUGAAGUGUUUUUUUAUGAAGCCCCCACAGAGGUGGCCACUGUGGAACAAUUGGAACAAAAUUACGUUUUGUGUCCCAAAGAUGUGAAAGACGCGUAUUUAGUGGAGACAAUUAGGACUUAUCGGGGGCAAAAUAAGGGGGGAAAUAUUUUGAUUUUCACAAACACUUGCAAGAAUUGCCAAGUGUUAUCAAUGACCUUGAAUGAAGUCGGGUUUGAAAAUGUCGCUCUUCAUGCGAUGAUGAAACAGCAACAGAGAUUAGCCGCCUUGGCGAAAUUUAAAUCAAACACAAUUAAAAUUCUCUUAGCUACUGAUGUUGCAAGUCGAGGUCUUGACAUUCCCACUGUUGAAUUAGUAAUAAAUCAUAAUAUCCCCAAAAUACCCAAAGAAUACAUUCACAGGGUUGGUAGAACUGCAAGAGCGGGGAGGAACGGGCGAGCAAUCAGUCUGGUAACCCCCUAUGAUAUCAAAUUGUUGCAAACCAUAGAACAACACAUUAAUACUAAAUUAACCGAAUUUAAAUUGGAUGAUAGCGAAGUUGGUAAAAUUUUCACUCAAAUUUCUGUGACUAAAAGUGAGGCCUAUAUAAAACUCGACGAGCAAGAUUUCUAUGAACGAAAAAUGAUAAAUAAAAGGAAGAAAUGGAUGAUGGAAGGGUUAGAUCCGGACGAGGAAGAGGAGAAAUUUUUGAAGACAAUCAAGAGAAGUAAAAAGACGAAAAAGAAUAAGAAACAAAAGGACCAAUGAAACUAGAUUAAUUAAUUUUGUUUUUGUAAAUUUAAAUAAACCAAUUUAAAUUAG